UGUGGCUAUUUCCUGUCGGGGAGUCAAUCUUUAAUUUUGGAAACAGGCAACGGCCGCAGUGUCUAACAUGUGCUGUGGUCUAGUGGCAUUCUGAAUGGCUCAAGAAAAGGGGCGGAGAUUGAUGAUGAUCACAUGCGCCAGUUUGAGUACAUUGUCAGUGGACCUGUACCAUGUGUCAGGCCUUCCCCUAGAUCAAGAGAAAGUUGUAACAACAUUGGGCUCUGGCAAUAAAUAGACACAAUGGAUUCUACAUGGAAGGAAGACUGCAUGUCCCUAAGUGGCUUUUUAACAUUAGAGUCUCCUUGAUGAUUUGAAUUACCUGGAUUUCUGGGUGAACAAAGCAGUACGCCAAGGACAUGAAGUGGAUGUUGGAAAACGGACGACCCAUUAUUUCUUUUUUGACCGUUCUCUGCAGGAGACUUCACGGGGUGAUGUCCCAAAUGAUCAGGGUAGGGUGUAUGUAUUUAUUCCUUCAUGCCGAGACAACGACUACCAAUACAUCGGCAAGGUCACGUUCAUAACAAAGAACCAAAGAUCAGUGUCAGAGCUGACGAUGUGCAAAUAUUCCAUCCAGAUUUCAUCAGAUACAUCAAUAAAAUCUGGGUAAGAAAUGCCUCGGGCAUUCCAAUCAACCACAGGGAUCAUAAUGCUGUUCAGGGUACUAUUCUCUGGCUGUGACCGGGUGAGGGUGUACAGUAUGGCAUGGGCUCAGUACAACGACAACUUCACCUUGUAUUACUAUGACAGAGAGUUCAACUUCUCCCAGAUGGCCAGGAACAGCCACGACACCAAAAAUUUCGGAAUUCACCUGUACCACAGAGCUAGGUUAAAAGAAGGGAGACGAGCCGUCGGACGAAAAGCGUGUGUAAGCGAACAGCCUAUACUUACAGCACAAGAAGACAUCCUGGUUUUGGUCACCAUGGCAACACAAAAAUGUGCAGCACAAGUGUGCGUGUUCGGUGUUGUAGCAGUACUUGGGGUUCUUUAUCUAUGCCAACGGAUUCCAACCAUAAUGUCACGCCUAUCUUUGACGGCAGAUUCUGUGUCUUCAAACAGUCGUUAUCUUGUCGAGCUUUCCAAUCAGCCAUCCAUAAAAUCCCCAAAUACCACCUCUAGGGCCAAGUAUCAAGACUGGAAAUAUCUGACUUUACUCCUUCCCCAUGAGGACCCCAAAGAUAUACAGUUACGUCAAGAGCACACCUUCAGGAUAAAUCCAGCCUUCAGAAAAUCAACAUGCCCAGUGUCCCUCCAGAUCAAAAUGAAGGACACCGAUUGGACAUCAGAUAUAUAUCACCCAGAGAUACAUAUACUGAUGAACGAACAGCUCCUAGACCGAUCAGAAUACGAGCGACUACUCCCAUAUCUGAUUCCUUAUGGUUAUAAGAGCCUUCCAUCCCCUUUCCCUUAUGACGAUGUGGCUCGUAUAUUGAGUCUGUUCCCAGCGGCUGAGUCUAUUUUUGAAUUCCAUGGGCAAAGACGUCCUACUUGCCUCAGGUGCGCAGUGGUUGGCAAUGGAGGGAUUCUCAAAGGCUCAUCUAGAGGCAUGGAAAUUGAUGACCAUCACAUGGUAUUCAGGGUGAACAACGCUCUUCGACGGGGCCACGAGACAGACGUUGGCAAUCGUACAACCCAUUACUUCUUCUUUGACAGAUCACUGAGAGACUUAGAGAAGAGAGAUGUACCACGAGACAAGGGCAUAAAGUAUGUGUUCGUCCCCUGUGAACGUGAUGAUUACCUGUACAUCAAGCGUGUUGUGCGCGGCUUGGAACCCAAGCUACACGCCAGGGCAGCGGAUGUACGCAUCUUACACCCUGACUUCAUCAGAUACGUGCAGAGGAUUUGGAUGGGACUGCCACAGAUAUCACCUUACUUCCGCCCAAGUACUGGUUCCCUGAUGUUAUUCACUGCCCUACAUGCUGGCUGUGACAGUGUGCAAGUCUAUGGCAUGGGUUACCAACCCAAGUACUCUCUCUAUUACUUUGACAAUGAGUAUCGUGCCCACAACAUCUCCACGUCUGUUCAUGAUUUGUCAAAAGAAAUCAGCCUGGUGAAACUGCUACACGAGGCAGAGAUAAUUGACUGGUAUCAAAGACUCACCUGAAUCUAACUGCAUUUCACGUCAGGAAUUCAUUGAGGGCCCUUUGAAACCUUGCAUGAAGUACAUGUACGUGGUGUUGCUAAGACCAGUAUUUUUUUAUUUAUGAGAUAACAGAGUUUCUCGCGGUCGGCAUGACGUCACCAUGGACUUUUAACAAGUGGCAAAGGGACACAUUUACCCUUUGUGCUAUUUAAUAUUGUACAAAAAUUCCCAGAUGUCCGACCGUGAGAAUAGUAUGAAAUUUUGCAGGGUCAGAGGACAGAAAAGAAUACAUGUAAAUGAAGAUCUUAAAUUCCAUUCCCCCCAAUUAAAUUAUCUAGGGUCCGAGGAGAAAAAAAUUUUAUUAGUCCAUUUUCUUUUCAUAAUACUAAAAAAAACCAGUAGGAAUAAAUUAAUGUCAAUUAUUUUUUUUCAUCUUUAUUAUUUUUUUUUUAAAUUGCACCAUUCCGACUCCGCAGGUUCAAUAAUCCAACUGAUAAAAAAAUGUUGACCUAAGCUUGUACAUGUACUUGCAACAUUAAACAGGGUGGGGAUGGGGCUGGGGUAGCCCAGGCUGGAUGCCAGUCUUCAUUUCAUUACCACUGUAUGGUCAGGGAGUCGGCCACCUGGGCUAGGGCUGGGGCAGGUGGGUUGGCCCCUAAUUUGCUGGCUUUGUAUCUCCUGCUAAAUGCUGAGGUCCUCAGUAUUUCUUCUUUAUGUUUUGCUUGGGGUGUAGCAUAUCCUGCUUCAGAAGUUUCAACAAAAUGAAAAACAUUGCUUUAGAAGAAAAUUAAUGUGCUUUGUAGUUCAAACUCCUGUAGGACUUCAAACAGUCCACCGGGAACUAAACUAGGAGUUCAUGAGAGUGGAUUGGUGUAAUAAUGAUUUCUAAUGUAGCCAAAUUUUGAUGUUGAAAACGUUUUUCAGUUUAUACGAACGCUUGUAUCUUGAUAUCUUGUUUACUGAAGCUUCAUAAAUAAAUGCGUUUUGUAACAUACACUUACA